UGAUCUGUCCGGACAAUGCGUGUGAUCCGAGCCCGCCUCCCCCUCCCAAAUUCCAACAUCCAAUCCCCCUCCCAGUCCGUGCGCUAGAAACAUUCGUUUCGACUUCUGGAACGUUGUGCAACGUCCCUGUCAUGCAUCGCAUCGAACUCGUUGGGAUCAAGGCACAGGAUAGGACAGACAGGACAUGGGAUCGCAUUGCGCUGGCUGGAACUUUCCGUGUGGGGACCUGCUUGAGAAGGGAAGAGAAGAAAUACGGAUUUAACGAACGCCUCGUCGCAAAUUGUGGGAUGAGAGAGGGGAUUUGUCAGGACUUUGCAGCAGGUAUGGUGGUUGCGCACUGAUGAGCCUUUGUUUCAGCUAUAUUCCAGUCUGGCUGGUAUCAUAUCAUACUGCGACAAGCAAGCAUGACAAUAUUCCUUUCACUCGAUUUGAUCGAUAUCUUGGUAAGGAGCAGUCUACGGAUACAUCUAUGGAAGGAUACUAUUGGAAGGGGGCCGAAUACCCACUUCCCGCCCCUCCCGAGGUCCCCUCGACCUCGCCUAUCUACCAAGGACGCCUUUGGGAAAGAGGUCCACCAACUCCCACACGCCACAAAGGCAGAGAGAUCCGUCUCCGUCUCCGUCUCUGUUUCAGCAGAACUUCGCCGACGGACAAUACAAUUGGCAGAGCAGAAUUUGGCCCUGGCAUUUUACAAAACUCUUUUUCAAGACGUAGGGCAGGCAGAAGGAUCAAGAAGGAUCAUAGUAUGCUUAAAAUCUGGCGCCAGGAUUCUUACUUGCAACGCCUCCGUCUGGGGAUCUCGUAUGGAACUCCCCAUUCGCGAGCUUUUGUCCCUGCAGGGUGAAGCAGAGUAGUGGGACCCUUCGUUUUCCCUUCGGGGAUACUCUCGCAGGUUUUCUUUACAAAGUACGGACGUAGAU